AUGCGGACCUUCCUACUUGCUGGCCUCUGUGCUGUGGCCACCCACGCAGCUCUCGUGGACCGUCAGGCUUCUUCAUCAUGCAAUGCGACCUCAGUAGCGACAGUAUCCUCAGGAACAGAGACCGAAACAGUGCAAGAGGAUACCUACGUGAUGUGGGCCACAACGACUGUAACCGUCAUGUCGAUGGGAGCAUCACCUUUAUCAACGACCGCAUCGCCGACCCCAAGCAACGCAAAACGCAACAUCCCAGCACAAGCCCACCUACCAACGCAAGCGUCCGAAGAACGCAAAAAACGACACGCCGCAAUCCCCGGCGCCUACAGCAAUAACAACGCCGCCGCCGCCGUAAAACGCGACCUCUCCGCCCGCGCCGUCUGCGCAACCCCCUCCACAACCGUAACCACCACCCUCGGCGCCACAACCACCACCGUAACAUCAACACACACCCUCUCCCGCUACGCCCGCGCCACCGUCACCGCGCCCGCCUGCGACGCCAGCACAAACUACGGCCUCUUCAACGGCACCCUGAACCGCAACCUCUACUACGGCUACGGCAAAACACCCACCUUCCAAUCGUAUCCAUCCCUCAACGUCUCGGCGUGCUGCGCGCAGUGCUUCAACAACGCCGACGGCUGCGUCGCGUGGAGUUUCGACGGGAGCGUGAAUAACACCGAUGCGGUGCCUGGGUGUGUCAUGGCGCUGUAUGAUGGCGGGUGUCCGACGAAGUGGGGUGCGGAUACGAUUCGGUAUGAGAAUCAGAGGAAGUAUUUGGUCGGGUUGGGGAGGUGUAAUGUUCAGGUUGCUUGGUUUCAGGGGUAG